AUGCUUCUAUUCGUGAAAUAUAAGCCUGUCGGAAUACAAGCCUUGAACUCGUCACCGUGCUCUGCUUCGCAACACCGGUGGUGGAGGCAAAAGGCUGGCAGCGGUGGAGGAAGUAAGAGGGGUGAAGAUGGCGGCUGGGUAAACUCCGAAUGGAUGGUGGUGGCUAGAGAGAAGACGGGGGAAUUCAAGAUGAUGUCCGGAAAUUACACAAGCAUUGAUAACCAGAAUGUUUCUGGAUCUGUUCCUGUAAAACUUCUUCUCCUCUUCUUCAAGUGCGUUUUCAUCACUUCGAUACUAGACCUGGACCCUAAUUUAUUCGUUGAUACAUUCUCAAAGGCAGUAUCUGGUUCAUCAGAAGCACAAAAGAGUAGUGGUUGGUUCAAGGUAUUCACAGUUGCUGCUUACCAGCCUUACUUUGAUGUUGACACAUCCGAUGUUUUAGAAAGAAUCAAAGAUUCCCUCUUGCCCUUUGGAGGAAGCUUCAAUGAAAAACCCGCUAGCAACCCAGACUUGUAA